AUUCACUUCCAUUGGUCAAGGGCGAAUACCACUAGCUCUGUAUCCUCAGUCGCUUCAUGCCAUUUCAGAGAGACAGAGCCAAAGAUUGAAGAAUGAAAACCUUAGCAAGAAUUUUCCUGGGACUUUUUGUCUUUGAUGCUGCCUUGGCCGCUCCUACUCUAGAGUCCAUAAACUAUGACUCUGAAACCUACGAUGUGACAUUGGAAGACCUGGAUAAUUUCUACAACUAUGAAAAUCUACGCAUUGAUCAUUCUGAGAUUGAAAUCGUGACUGUGAUGCCUUCUGGAAACAGAGAGCUUCCCAGCCCACCACCACUGCCCCAGGAGCCAGAGGAGGAAGAAUCCACAGCCAAACUGAUUGAUGGCUCCUCCCCACAUGGGCCAGAUUUCAUCGGUGUCGUUGGUCCUCAAACCAAUGAAGACUUCCCCACCUGUCUCCUGUGCACUUGUAUGAGCACCACAGUCUACUGUGAUGACCAUGAACUUGACGCUGUCCCUCCGCUGCCCAAGAACACAGCCUAUUUCUAUGCCCGAUUUAACAGAAUAAAAAAGAUCAACAAAAAUGACUUUGCACAUCUAAGUGAUUUAAAAAGGAUUGAUUUGACAUCAAAUUUAAUAUCUGAGAUUGAUGAAGAUGCUUUCAGAGAAUUGCCCCAGCUUCGGGAACUUGUCCUUCGUGACAACAGAAUCAGGCAGCUUCCCGAGUUACCAUCCACGCUGACCUUCAUUGACAUCAGUAACAAUAGGCUGGGCCGGAAAGGGAUAAAGCAAGAAGCGUUUAAAGAUAUGUAUGAUCUCCAUCACCUUUACAUUACGGAUAAUAACUUGGACCACAUCCCACUACCACUGCCUGCUAACCUUCGAGCUCUCCAUCUCCAGAACAACAACAUUCUAGAGAUGCACGAAGAUACUUUCUGCAAUGUCAAAAACUUGACCUACGUACGCAAAGCUUUGGAGGACAUCCGGCUGGAUGGGAACCCCAUUAAUUUGAGUAAAACUCCUCAGGCGUACAUGUGUCUACCUCGUCUGCCAAUUGGUAGCCUGGUCUAAGCCAAAUUCAGGGCUCAGGCAAUGCCCUGUGAUAAUAGCAAAAGAAUCGUAAUUAAUGUGCUAGCACAGAAAAAGCCGUGUAUUGUUUGCAAAUUUGUAUUUGGAAAUUUGUUAGAAGUUAAAAUGAAGAACAAACAGAUAAAGUGAAAAAAAAAUGGAAAAAAAAUUGAUGACAUUGGCAUAGAAAUAUAUAAAAGAGUACCAAAUGUACAGGUUGAGCAAAUUUAAAUAGAAAAUAUGUAACAUUUUUAUACUUAAGAAGUACUCACAUUUAAUUUACAAUAUGUAUGAUUUAAACCUAAUUAUUCAAUAAAUGAAAAUUAGAAAAAAAAACCACAUACACUUUCAGUAUUUAUCCAAGGUUUGUUGUUAUAAUCGGACUUUUCUGUUCUUUUCAUUAAACAAUGUUGUUAUUCCCCCCUAAAUCAUUAGAUUCUGGAUUACUGUGAACAAAUAAAAGUACUGGAAAAUUA